AUGGCUCAGCUCGGACUUGCUGUUGCUGGCAGCCUUUCUAGUGCUGCUCCUGCAGCAGGAAAGAAGGCGGCCUCACCACCUCCAAAACCAAAAGGCGGAGAACCGAAUAUGAACCGGCAAUCAGCUAAAGAUCAGGAACUGGUUGCCCAGGUUGUGGGUGCGCGGAAGAUGGCAGACGAUGUCGGGGAUGCUGCACAGGUGGAGGGGGGAGGGGGAGAGGAAGAGGAAGAGAGCUCCAAUCGUGGUGCAUCACUUCCCCUUCCAUUCCCGCCCUGGACUACUGUGAGUCUGUGA